AUGCUACAAGUCCUCUUACCGUCAACUUUAGCGACUCGACCAGACAGCAGCGAGAGUAAUACUAGAUCGGGGCUCCCCGUGCUUCAAUCCUGUGCCCAAGCCUCGAAUAUAUUUACCCUUCCGUCAUCUCUCAGCGGGAAAGAAGGGAUAUUUCCGAUUAACGUCAACCUCAAAAUGGCAUUGCCAAUCCUUAAAACCGGAACAAAAGUUCUGAAGGAUUCGGGGUUGGGAGUGGGGAGCUCAAGUUCAGCAGCGGCGAAGGGGAAACAGCCAGUAUCGAAACUAGUGAUUCCGGAUCCACGGAAAGAGAAAUUUUUGGUGGGGUUUCGAGGCUUCGAUGCUUCAGUUGGAUUGCCGGAUUCCCCUACAGAGAGUAUAUUGUCCGAGACCGAUGGAUUCCCAAUUACCCCCCCAUUAAAGGGAUUCAGAUCAGACAGCCUACCCUCAGGAGAAAUCCCAGGGUUACCCAGAUCAAUAUCCGAAUUACAACUUGGCCAAAUUUCUACAACAAACGACAGCUCUUAUGUAGCGGAUGGCUUUCGCCCAGGGGAGGCAACUGUUCGAAAUCCGCCAUCCUACGACGCUAUAUACGGUGCAUUGGGUCAUCAAAAUGCAGUUUCAAGUCCGAGUUUACCCUUGAGCUCAACAAACGAGGCGGGGCCGCUUCCUACCAAACAUCUACAUACUGUGCCCUCAGUAUCGCUAUUCAGAACAUCCUCCAUUCCAUCCUCGCCAUCGGCGACAGCAUUAACAGUCUCGAGUCCAACUUCUUCUACAUCUACAUCAACGCCUACAUCCACACCUUCAGGUCCCCUGAUAUACGCCCGGUUCCCAGAAACGGCGAAUCAAAACCCUCGCAGAAUUUCCCUUCCGACACGGGCACCUUCUACGCCAGGCCUUACACACCCCACUCGUGAGGUCAUGCGCCUCCAAACCCGGUCUCUCUUUUCUCAAUUCUAUAAAUCCUUCCAGUUUACUUGUAAUGAUACGGAAAAGUGUCUUAUGUACGGUUACUCGGACGCGGCGACUAUGAAGGUUCCAUGGAAUAUUCCAAUUGAGCGUGCACUCCGCCAGCUCUGGAAGCAGGUUGUGGAGUAUGAUACGGCAUGUGGGAAAGUGAAACCAGACGGGCAGGGGAAGAGAGAGCUAGCUACGUACCAUGCAGUAGCUAUGGGGUUGAUAUCAAGCGAUCUCCCUAGUGAGAGGUUGUGUACUAUUUGGGAUAGGAGUUUGUCGUUUGCUACACCAGCGAGGCGGGAAUGCGUUUCAGGGUGGCUAAGUUUCACUGAGUUUGUGGCUAUUGUUUGGAUGGUGGGGAUGGCUGCGACUGAUCCAUCAUUCCGAUAG